AUGCCUCCCGUCGACACACUCUCCAGCUGGGGCAUAGUGGCCCUCUCCAUUGCCUGCAACACCCUCGUUUUCCAGACCACGCGCAGUCCGAGCACAAAGUCCUCCGCGACCGCGGCCUCGGGCCAUGUGAGGGCCAUCUCUGCCAGCCACGGCAUCCUAGUCACCAUCCUCUCCAUCAUCGCUCUCCGCCAGGAACACUGGCAGCUGCCGCAUGCAGACCCCGUCCCGCCGCGCGACGUCGUCGACGGAGACGGGAACCUGGAUGACGCGGCCAACCCGAUGAUCCAGGGCCGCAGCCGACUCGCUAACAUGAUCACGUCCUGGGAGGCGGGCUACCUCGUCUACGACACGUGGGCCAUGGCCUACGCCCUCCCCAAGGCCGUGGGACGCAGCGCGCGCCCGUCGCCUGUCAUGAUCACGCACCACGCCCUCAUCGGCGCCGGACUGCUGUACCUCCAGCUCUACGUUGCGCGGGGUAACGAGCGCGGCGUGCGGGUCAUUCUGGGACUUCUCUUGAUGAACGCGUCCAAUCCUCUGCUGCACGCUCGAUGGUGGGCUCGGAAGACGGGUAUACAGUCCAAGUUCCUGGAUGCUGCGUUCUUGGUCGCGUUCGCUGGUGUGAGGUUUGGCAGCGUCGCCUGGAUACUACAGCAGUACGGCGCGUAUCACCGCCUAGGUCUGGUGGACGCUUUCGGGCGCUUGAGGACGCCUUGUAAGGCGGGAACGGCGAGUCUUGUUGGGCUCAAUGGCGCAUGGUGGAUAUGGAUGUGCAAGAACUUUGCGCAGCGCUGCUUGGAGAAGAAGAGGAAGAAGAAGCGAAUUUGA